AGAGGCAGGAAGUUCGCUCCGGAGGAAUAUUUUCCCCGAACAGGGACAUCUCGAAUGCUUUCAUGUUUAUUAUCUCCGAGUAAAGGAAGUGGGUACUCAGAGAGGUUAACCAACAUACCCAAGGUGACCCAGGAGCCCGCAGUGAGGCCAGGGCUUGCACCCUUACUUCAACGACAGGGAGGGCACACGCUGGCCAGCCAGGAGAGGUGGGGUGUCUCCAGCCCGCCUCCGCACCCAGUCCCCAAGUGCUCCCGGCAGCCCAGAUUGCGUCCUGGGUGCCGGGCGGGGGCGGAAACUCUGGACAGCGGGAACCAGCAGGCCAGCGGCUUGCAGCCCGCGGAGCCCGGCUCAGCCAGGAAGAGGACGAUGAGCCGCGCGCCCAGGACCCUGUGGGCACCGAAGUCCAGCUUAUCCAUGCCUGUUUCCUGUAAUGGACAAACUUGAUGCAAAUGUGAGUUCCAAGGAGGGCUUUGGGUCAGUGGAGAAGGUCGUGCUGCUCACGUUUCUCUCAGCGGUCAUCCUGAUGGCCAUCCUGGGCAACCUGCUGGUGAUGGUGGCCGUGUGCAGGGAUAGGCAGCUCAGGAAAAUAAAAACCAAUUAUUUCAUUGUGUCUCUUGCCUUUGCUGAUCUGCUGGUUUCGGUGCUGGUGAUGCCCUUUGGGGCCAUUGAGCUGGUUCAAGACAUCUGGAUUUAUGGGGAGAUGUUUUGCCUUGUCCGGACAUCUCUAGACGUCCUGCUCACCACAGCAUCCAUUUUCCACCUGUGCUGCAUUUCCCUGGAUCGGUAUUAUGCCAUCUGCUGCCAGCCUUUGGUUUACAGGAAUAAGAUGACUCCUCUGCGUAUCGCAUUAAUGCUGGGAGGCUGCUGGGUCAUCCCCAUGUUCAUCUCUUUUCUCCCUAUAAUGCAAGGCUGGAACAACAUUGGCAUAGUUGAUCUGAUAGAGAAAAGGAAGUUCAACCAGGACUCUAACUCUACAUAUUGUAUCUUCAUGGUGAACAAGCCCUACGCCAUCACCUGCUCAGUGGUGGCCUUCUACAUCCCGUUUCUCCUCAUGGUGCUGGCCUAUUAUCGCAUCUAUGUCACCGCCAAGGAGCAUGCGCACCAGAUCCAGAUGUUACAACGGGCAGGAGCCCCCUCAGAGGGCAGGCCCCAGCCGGCUGACCAGCAUAGCACUCAUCGCAUGCGGACAGAGACCAAAGCAGCCAAGACCCUGUGCAUCAUCAUGGGUUGCUUCUGCCUCUGCUGGGCUCCUUUCUUUGUCACCAACAUCGUGGACCCUUUCAUAGAUUACACUGUCCCCGGGCAGCUGUGGACUGCUUUUCUCUGGCUCGGCUAUAUUAAUUCCGGGUUGAAUCCCUUUCUCUACGCCUUCUUGAAUAAGUCUUUUAGACGUGCCUUCCUCAUCAUCCUCUGCUGCGAUGAUGAACGCUAUCGAAGACCUUCCAUUCUGGGCCAGACUGUCCCCUGUUCAACCACAACCAUUAAUGGAUCCACACAUGUACUAAGGGAUGCAGUGGAGUGUGGUGGCCAAUGGGAUCAAUGCCACCCGGCAGGAAGUUCUCCUUUGGUGGCUGCUCAGCCCAGUGACACACUUAGGCCCCUUGGACAAUGACCCAGAAGACAGCUGUGGCUCUGAGAGAGGGCCAGGUCCUAAACUGCUGCUUGCACAUGACUGCACCUGGUAUUCCCGUCACCAAGGCUUCCAUCGGCGGGUGCGGGUGCCCUAGAAACACUGGGCUUUUCCUUGAGAUUCCAGCAGGAGGUGUUUGAGGGAGUCAGGGGACAAAUGGCUUUCUGGGUCCCUUUUUCCUGUAUUUCCUAACAUUCCUCCUUCCUGGAGCCUCCACUCUUGCUUCACAGUCUCUGCUGCCCCUCGCACGUUCCCAUUGCUAUGCCCGGUCUGUCUCACUGUGUUCUGUACACUACUGGUCACCGUGUCCUCUCUCAGUUAUGGAUGUUCCCAAAGAUGCCUUUGCUGUAUCUGCUCAAAGACAUCAUCAGCACACAUCUUUCUUGUGCCUGUCUUGGUCACAGUUGUGCUCCAAGAGCUCACAUUCUUUGCUUGGUCACGUGCCUCACAACCGUAUUAAAAAAAUACUGUCCUUUCUUCAUCCUGCUCUGUGCCAGACACUAACACACUUUCUUCCCCGCCUCUGUGUCCAAACGUCCAUCCUCUUCACUAGGCCCUGUGUUGGUCACAGACUUUCGCUUGCUCCCUCCUGUGCCUACUGUCAGUCCUCUUCGGGACAUGCUCCAUUUAUUUCCCACAAAGGACACAGGAGCAGAGACCUGGCAGUGGAAAUGUCUCCGCAGCAGACCCGGAGGGAGACCGAAGGAGGACGGACAGCUUCCCCUAGUGUGGGUCUGAAGGCUUGUCGGCUCUGAGAUGCUCGCUGACCUGUAUGGCUGGAACAGGACAUCUCCUAAGGAGCCUCGGGCAGGCUGGCAGCUUUGCAGAGGUUUCUUAAAAGGCUUUGGAAUCUUUUCCAUGUGCUAAUGGUGAAUCUGAAAAGCCCUGAACCUGGCCUUCUUGCUCCCAAAGGAGAGGACUAUUGAAGUUCACACUGUGUGACCCAGCAUCUCCGCAGUGCCCCACAAUGGGGAGCACAGAGCCCAGUAGUGCUGGGAGCAGGAAAAGAUUACUUGAAAUCAGAGGACUGGGAUUCCAGCCCUGGCUCUACUCCUACUUUGCUGUGAGGUCUUAAAUAAUGUCCUUCUAUUUCUGGGCCUUACUUUCUAAGCCUGCCAGCUGAAGUUUGGGCUAGGGGUCUCUAAGAUUUCUUUCCGUUUCAAGGAUAACAGGAUGCUGUUACAGCCAUCUGCUACCUCGAAAAGCCAUGCCCGGACCGUCUUUUGGCUUUGUUUCCAAGGAACUACCCUCCUCACUUGGACUUUUCCGACUCCUGCCCUUGUGAGCUUUGCUCUUCCAGUUGAAACCUGGGAUUCUUUCAUGCAAAGCUGAGUCCAUGGCUUUUGCCAGCUGCUGUAGGGCAAAGGUUUCGGGGAGGAAAAUGCCAUUCCCCAGAGCUGCUUGAGGUUUAACUGUUCAUCUUUACUGUGGUUUGAUGGUGCCUCAGGAUUAUUUAACGUUCUUUUCUCUUGCUGUUAGAGUAGUGUCAUUUAUCAUUUCCUCUGUGUUUACUUUAGUUCUGCAAUGGAACUUGACAGGAAAGAGACUUUGGAGUGAGAAAAAGAAGAUCGCUGAAAAGGAUUCUUUGUCUUAUGAAAGCUUGACCCUUUUGGGGAGAAUGCUAUGCCUUAGGAAAGGGAAAGAAACUCUGAAAGAGAACUGUCAUUUAGAACCCCUGACUGCUGCAGAGAAAUCACACCCCAGCCUGAGAGGCUCUGUGCAGAGGCUGGAGCUCUCGCUGAACCGUGGCGCCAUUUCAGCUGGGAAUCGAUGCUUGUCAGAGGUGAGGAGAGCUUUAUUUAAAAUCUCAUGUGUAUCCUGACUCUGCGGCUGGACCAGUCCCCUUUGGUUCUUUAAAUCACUGCUUCCGUGCCAUCCCACUUCAACAACCACCAUUUGGAGCAAGUGCCAUCUUGAGGAUGGUUCUCUUCUAAUACAAGGAAAGGAGCCACAAGCUUCUGAGACCCACAGCUCUGGAUCCUAUGACGACUCAAGGACCAGCUAUGGCCGCGAGCCCAGCCCUCUCACCACCUCCAUAAGCAUGUUGGUGAGGACGGGUCCACUGAGUGACUGACCUACUAGGUGAAUUGAACUAAUAGCUGGGCUUCAGAAAGGUGCCGUGGAAACAUUUUUUUUUUUUUUGAAACAUUCUGUAAAUCAUGACUUUGCAUAUGUUUAUUAUUCUGGAUGUUUUGAAUUACUGUGGAUGUGCCUGAGCUCCCAAGGGCUAAGAAUUUAUUCACUAUGAGAAGAAGGAAUUUAGAUAAGAAGCUUUCUGUGUUGAAAUGAUCCCUGAGGAGCAGCCUCUGGGUACCAGUUCUUCCGGAUCUGCCCCUUUCUUCUGAUCACUUCAGGUUGCCAAGCACUCAAAUUCGUGUAUCACAAAUACUCUCAUUUAAAGGAAUCUUGUUGUUCUUAAAGUAAAGGGGUAGAUGAAGAGCGAUGGAGACUAUAGGCUAAUUUUGUUAAGAAUUAGCCUAACUUUUAUGUAAAUUAAGUGUCAGAUGAACUAAAUUCAAAUGCCUGUUUGCCAAGUAAAAAUGUGCUUGGAGGAAAAAAAAAAUAAGUGAGCCACCGAAACCACUCCCAUCUUGUACAUUCAAUUUAUGGAUAUGUGAAUCCUAUGAAAAAUCAAACAUAGGCCAGAAUGUCACAUAGAGUCUGCCAAGGUAUUGAACCAGGUAAUUUUUGACAUUUUUCCUGACAUGAUCAUCUGUGUAACUAUGGUUAAGAUUCUCCUAGCUAAUACCUUACUUUUGUUUACAUUUUUAACAAAGUAGAAUGAUAAAUGGGGCCACUUGUACAGUUUAUGAAGCACUGACCCCUCUCUUGUGUAUUCAACAUUUAUAGUACAUGUGUCAUUUAUAUAGAACAUAGACUUUAGUUCUCUAAUUUGAAAGGAUUACAAGCUUUGAUGAUGGCUGUACCUUUGGUUUUAUGGAAUUGUUUGUCAUAGCUAUCAUUUAAUUGAAGCUAAAACUUUGAAAGUACUAGGAUCUCUGGUUCUAAAUUUAUUUCCAUGAAAGCACACUCGGCUUUAAGAUAAUCUGCUUUUUGAUGCAGUUUCCGGAACGUGUUCUUAGAAAAACAGAA